GUUUACAAACAUCUUGGCGAAAAGGCGCGCAUAGUCACUGGAUAAAUGUAUAAAAUGCAGUGCAAAUAAGCGAAAAUUUGGAAAAAAUUGUGUGAAUAUCUAUAAAAGUGUAACUAUUUCUGUGCUCCUUUUGUGUUUGUAACUGCGAAUGUUUAAAAAGUCAGCACUAGAUUGGUGGAGAGAGGAAGAGGCCCGUACCGGGCUGGUGACGUUCUGCAGAGAUCUCGACCUAGCGCUUGGCAGUGGCAUCCCGGAAGGAAUGAUCACCGAACUGUGUGGUCCGCCCGGCAGCGGCAAAACGCAACUCUGCUUACAGCUAGCGGUAAACGUGCAGAUACCACAGCAGCUCGGUGGCCUGCAGGGCCGGGCAGUCUACCUGGAUACGAAUUAUGGAUUUUUUCCGCAGCGCGUACAAGAAAUGGCCAAGGCAUGUCACAAUCACUGCGCAAACAUUGCGCUACUCCACAAGCUUAAUCCGGAGGAAACCCUUGCCGGAUUUUCGGAAGCGACCGCUUUGGACAACAUCCUGUACUCGCACGUGACGAACUGUACCCAAAUCCUAGAGGCAAUAGCCGUGCUGCAGAACCGGCUGUACGAUGGUGAAAAGAUUAAACUGAUCGUACUAGAUUCGCUAUCCUUUCUGAUCAGAAAUACAAUCACGCGUUCGAUGAAGCGUGUGAAGCGUGUCCACGAAAUACUUACCCUGCUGCAUAAGCUCGCACACCGUUUCGGCUGCGUGGUAAUUGUUACGAACGAUGUAACAACACGCAUUUCGGAUGUCGACGGCGGCGGCGGCGAACGGCCGGAUGUGCCGCAGAUAGUGCCCGCUCUCGGGGGCAGCCUUACGCACAAAGUAAACCAGCGCAUCUUUCUCGGCCGCGAUGAGAGCCAUUUCGAUGCACAAUCGCAAGCUCCGCCCAGCUACGUUGCUUCGAUCGAAAAGGGACACUUUCUUCCAAGCGUUACGGUAGCGUUUCGCAUCGAGCCAGCCGGCAUAAGAGGCGUCAAGCGAGAAGGUUAGAAGCGUAUCGUAACAUAUCCUCCCUUCCGGGCAGCGAAGGAAGCGAAACAUUUAUUAAUGAACGUGAUAGGAAAACAGAAAGACAAAACAUUCCAUUCAACAACCUGCAGCAGUGGGUGCAGUGCAGCCCGGCUGGAACUGUCUCGCCCAGGCUAAGGUGGUGUAGCGUGUAUGUAGCGCGAAAAGUAACUCAGUAAGAGGUUAGCGUGACCAACACAUCCCGAUAGUCACCGCUCAGAUCGUCCUGAAAGGAAGGGGAAAGUUCGAUCAAAACCGUCUGUGUGCACACUCCGGAGGGAUAUGGGUGCGAGCGAGCUUGGAACCAAACAAUACACAGGUAAGGGAAUUGAAAUGCCAGGGUAACACUAUGGUAUUGAUUGCUUUUAAAUUAUUUACUGUUUUAUCUAUAACCAACGAGUAUUUCACGCAUUUUUACAUCAAACACACGUGCGGGAGAUGUUUUAGGGACGAUUGAACCGAUUGUGAAUCACUGCUAGUGAAUAUUAGAGUGAAGCAACUGCUUUGGAUGGGAUUUGUUAGUGCUCGGACACGCGCAUCACGCUGGGCAAAGCGACUCAGUAAGUGGCAAGUUCAGCUAGCAAGUUGCCAAGAUCACUUCCAAUGUCAUCCUGGAAGAAGAGUGGCGAAGUAACACGGUCAUAUUAUAUGUUCUGUGGUGUUGUGGGGACAAGAUUGUUACGGAGCAAUUUAGUUGGGAUGGUAAGCAAACCGAUUGGAAGGGAAAGUGUAAAAUUGUUGCCCGUUUCUGAUUCUGUCUGUGAGUGGGGUUUAGUAAUGAACAAAAAAAAAAAAGAGGCAGUAGUUUGAAGUUAACAACGAGUAUAUUUGUCCAAUACGUUUGUUGCAUGUUGCUUUCACAAUCGUUACAUCUACACACAUUGGUGCCAGUGCUAACAUCACAAGAUCAAAAAAACAUUGUAACAAAAUUAAAAGCACAUUUAUGUUUUUAUGUUGCUGUUGUUUUAGAUGACGAUUUAAAUAAUAAUUAAAAAAACGCAUUUUGUGCAUCGGUACUCGCUCGAAGCUAUGCUUGCGUACCGCGGAAACAUUCACCAUCUACGCCUUGUUGCCGAUUAUAAGCAAAACAGACUCUCGCACGGUUAAAAUGCAUCUGGCACUGGUGUGCCUAGAACGAGGCCAACGUAGCCAGAAGGUCGCCAAGGUCCCCUCCGACAUCCUCCUGCGAAAGAGAUGGAUGGGUUGGUUUUGUUUUUUUUUUGAACCGAAAACAACAAAACAUAAGAAAUUGGGAUUUGAUUGGGGGGAAAUCGUCUUAAUUAAGGCACUUUAAGCUGCAUAUCCUAGCGCUGGGUAGUGAAAGGACGGAUGUGUACUUUAGUCGAUAAAUUUAGCUUUUGCAUAGUGAUGUGCAGUACCGUGAUACCGUGACCGUAACCCGAUUGACCUGAAGCCCAUUCAAACGAUGAUCAAAUAAUAACGUCAAAAAAACAAAACAACGUAAACGUCCUUUCUCACCAUAAAUGCUGCACCGUAAAGCUCAAAUUUAGAUAAUAGUAGUAUUUAUUGAACAGUACACAACAGUCGGUAUAGGAAUAGCGGCGCGUAACAAAUCUACUACACAGUGAACAAUGAGUUUGCGUAUGGAAAGAAACAAACGAAAUACUAUUUCGUAAACCAAAAACGAAUUAAACAGCUGUUUAAGUAACUUUUUUGUAAUGUAUGCUAUGACAUUUUUAUGAAACGAUCAAUUGAUUUCAAAGCAUUUUGGCUACACAAUUUGGCAGGUGUGUGCGGUUGUGCACACAUUUUAACUACUAAGGCACACACGAUAGGACACUAUUGGCGGUGCAGUAAUAAGUAUGUGUUACGAAUUAAAAAGAAAUAUGUAAUAACAGCUGAUAAGAGCUGCUUGUGAUGGAAUUAACGGUGGUUUGAGAUGAAAAAUAGAGAGAGAGAGUUAACCUUCGCGAGAUUACGCGUCCAUUAAAGAUAGAUGUGUGAUACAAACUGACUACUUUAAAUGAUAUUCUUUACUAACAAUUAGAAAUCAAACUGCUGCCUCUA